AUGGGGAAGGCGGAGAAUUAUGAGCUGCACUCGGUCGAGCUAGGCGCUGGUUCUGGCGGGAACAAGAUGGGCAAGAAGAAGGCGGGCGGUGGUGGGGGCAAGAGGAAGGACAAGCUGGAGAACAUGAAGAAGGAGAUGGAGAUCAAUGACCACCAGCUGUCGGUGGCAGAGCUGGAACAGAAAUACAAGACCAGUGCCACCAAGGGCCUCUCUGCCAGCUUGGCGGCGGAGCUGCUGCUACGGGAUGGCCCCAACGCACUGAGACCCCCGAAGGGCACCCCAGAGUAUGUUAAGUUUGCACGGCAGCUGGCAGGAGGCCUGCAAUGUCUCAUGUGGGUGGCAGCUGCCAUAUGCCUCAUUGCCUUUGCUAUUCAGGCCAGUGAGGGUGACCUCACCACCGAUGACAAUCUGUACCUGGCACUGGCUCUCAUCGCUGUGGUCGUGGUCACCGGCUGCUUUGGCUACUAUCAGGAGUUUAAGAGCACCAACAUCAUUGCCAGCUUCAAGAACCUCGUGCCCCAGCAAGCAACUGUGAUCCGGGAUGGGGACAAGUUCCAGAUCAAUGCAGACCAGCUGGUAGUGGGCGACCUGGUGGAGAUGAAAGGUGGGGACCGGGUGCCGGCCGACAUCCGCAUCCUUCAGGCUCAGGGCUGCAAGGUGGACAACUCCUCACUGACGGGAGAAUCUGAGCCGCAGACUCGCUCGCCCGAGUGCACCCACGAGAGCCCCCUGGAGACCCGCAACAUCGCCUUCUUCUCCACCAUGUGCCUUGAGGGAACGGCCCAGGGCCUGGUGGUGAACACUGGCGACCGCACCAUCAUUGGGCGCAUUGCGUCUCUGGCCUCAGGAGUGGAGAACGAGAAGACACCCAUCGCCAUUGAGAUCGAGCACUUUGUGGACAUCAUCGCAGGCCUGGCCAUCCUCUUUGGGGCCACCUUUUUUGUGGUGGCCAUGUGUAUUGGCUACACCUUCCUGAGGGCCAUGGUCUUCUUCAUGGCCAUUGUGGUCGCCUAUGUGCCUGAGGGGCUGCUGGCCACCGUCACGGUCUGCCUGUCCCUGACCGCCAAGCGGCUAGCCAGCAAGAAUUGUGUGGUCAAGAACCUGGAGGCAGUGGAGACGCUGGGCUCCACCUCGGUCAUAUGCUCUGACAAGACAGGGACGCUUACUCAGAACCGUAUGACUGUGUCCCACCUGUGGUUCGACAACCACAUCCAUACAGCGGACACCACGGAGGACCAGUCAGGGCAGACUUUUGACCAGUCCUCCGAGACAUGGCGGGCGUUGUGCCGUGUGCUCACGCUGUGCAACCGCGCUGCCUUCAAAUCUGGGCAGGAUGCGGUGCCGGUGCCCAAGCGCAUUGUGAUUGGCGACGCGUCCGAGACAGCGCUACUCAAGUUCUCCGAGCUGACUCUGGGCAAUGCCAUGGGCUACCGUGAGCGCUUCCCCAAAGUCUGCGAGAUCCCCUUCAACUCCACCAACAAGUUCCAGCUGUCCAUCCACACCCUGGAGGACCCGCGGGACCUGCGGCAUGUGCUGGUGAUGAAGGGCGCCCCCGAGCGCGUGCUGGAGCGCUGCAGCUCCAUCCUCAUCAAGGGCCAGGAGCUGCCGCUGGAUGAGCAGUGGCGGGAGGCCUUCCAGACGGCCUACCUCAGCCUGGGAGGCCUGGGCGAACGCGUACUGGGCUUCUGCCAGCUCUACCUGAAUGAGAAGGACUACCCGCCUGGCUAUGCUUUUGAUGUGGAGGCCAUGAACUUUCCAACUAGUGGCUUGUGUUUUGCUGGACUCGUGUCCAUGAUAGACCCACCUCGGGCCACUGUCCCUGACGCUGUGCUCAAGUGCCGCACAGCGGGCAUCCGGGUGAUCAUGGUGACAGGUGACCAUCCCAUCACAGCCAAGGCCAUUGCAGCUAGUGUGGGCAUCAUCUCAGAAGGUAGUGAGACAGUGGAGGACAUCGCUGCUCGCCUCCGUGUGCCUGUGGACCAGGUGAACCGGAAGGAUGCCCGUGCCUGUGUGAUCAAUGGAAUGCAGCUGAAGGACAUGGACCCGGCAGAGCUGGUGGAGGCGCUGCGCACCCACCCUGAGAUGGUGUUUGCCCGCACCAGCCCCCAGCAGAAGCUGGUGAUCGUGGAGAGCUGCCAGCGACUGGGUGCCAUCGUGGCUGUAACUGGGGAUGGUGUCAAUGACUCCCCGGCCCUGAAGAAGGCAGACAUUGGCGUGGCCAUGGGCAUCGCUGGCUCGGAUGCUGCCAAAAACGCUGCAGACAUGAUCCUGCUGGAUGACAAUUUUGCUUCCAUUGUCACGGGCGUGGAGCAGGGCCGCCUGAUCUUUGACAACCUGAAGAAGUCCAUUGCCUACACGCUGACCAAAAACAUCCCCGAGCUCACACCCUACCUCAUUUAUAUCACCGUCAGCGUGCCCCUGCCACUUGGCUGCAUCACCAUCCUCUUCAUAGAGCUCUGCACGGACAUUUUCCCAUCAGUCUCCUUGGCUUAUGAAAAGGCUGAAAGUGACAUCAUGCACCUGCGUCCACGGAACCCAAAGCGUGACCGAUUGGUCAAUGAGCCUCUUGCUGCCUACUCCUACUUCCAAAUUGGUGCUAUCCAGUCCUUUGCUGGCUUCACCGACUACUUCACAGCCAUGGCCCAGGAGGGCUGGUUCCCACUGCUGUGUGUGGGCCUGCGGCCAAAGUGGGAGGAUCACCAUCUACAAGAUCUGCAGGAUAGCUAUGGCCAGGAGUGGACGUUUGGACAGCGCCUGUACCAGCAGUACACCUGUUACACUGUGUUCUUCAUCAGCAUUGAGAUGUGCCAGAUCGCUGACGUCCUCAUCCGCAAGACACGUCGCCUUUCUGCCUUCCAGCAGGGAUUCUUCAGGAACAAGAUCCUGGUGAUUGCUAUCGUGUUCCAGGUCUGCAUCGGUUGCUUCCUGUGCUACUGCCCCGGGAUGCCCAACAUUUUCAACUUCAUGCCCAUUCGGUACCAGUGGUGGCUGGUCCCCAUGCCCUUCGGCCUCCUCAUCUUUGUCUAUGAUGAAAUCCGGAAACUGGGAGUUCGCUGUUGCCCAGGGAGCUGGUGGGAUAAGGAGCUCUACUAUUAGGUCACUGCCUGCAACUCUUCCCUGCAUCCACCAUGGACGGCCAGGUGGGGCAGGACCCCUGGAGCCCUCCGAACAGCCACCUGAACUUCCGAGCAGUCAAGAGUCCUGGCUCCACUUGUGUCAUCUUGUAGUCCACUGCACCUCAGCCUUGGGGCGGGGAGUGGAAUGGAUCCACUUCCUUUCCCCAUGCACAAGGGGUCUACCCUCCUGGAUCUGUACCCUGUGCUGGCCUUGGGGAAGUUGCCCCCUAAAGGGCUGGGGGCUUUGGGGGGUGGGGGUGUAGGAGCUAGCAGCUCUGUGGACUCCAGCCCAGGCAAGAGGAUUGUCUGGGGGCUCUGAAAACAAUGUCAGCGUGAUCGUAAUAAACCAGAACCAGCUCACAUGAACUUGUGCUUCAUUCUAUGCGAGGUGUUGUCUUAAG